AUGGCUCGACCCUUGGGGUCAGUCCGCCUCAAGAAGGCCAAUUCCUCGACCCUCCUCCUGGGUGCUGUACUCUGCAUCUUCAUAAUCAUCUUCCUUGUUUCGCCGUCAAGUCCUGCCUCCGCUGGCAGGCUGUCCAACAUUGUCUCGGCCCAACAUCAUUUGUCGCCCCCUACGUCGCCGUACAAGAGCUCGCGAUCAGGCGUUCAAGGACCCCCGCCGGUUACGCGAUAUGACCUCAACAAAGUUACGGUCACGCCCGAUCCCAUCAAGAACCAGGAGCACAUCCUCGUUCUGACGCCAAUGGCCAGAUUCUACCAAGAGUAUUGGGACAAUCUCCUGCGAUUGAGCUACCCCCACGAGCUGAUUACUCUGGGCUUCAUCUUGCCCAAGACCAAGGAGGGGAACCAGGCCACUGCGGCGCUGCAGCAGCAGAUUCAAAAAAUACAGAACCAUGGCGCAGAGAAGGAUCGGUUCAAGAGCAUCAUCAUUCUGCGCCAAGACUUUGACCCUGCUGUUGUGUCUCAGGACGAAUCCGAGCGCCACAAGCUGGGUAACCAAAAGGCUCGCCGCGAGAUCAUGGCCAAGGCUCGCAAUUCACUGCUCUUCACGACGCUAGGCCCGGCUACAUCCUGGGUGCUGUGGCUCGAUGCCGACAUUGUCGAGUCUCCCCCGACCCUGAUCCAGGAUCUCGCCUCCCACGACAAGCCCGUCAUCGUUGCGAACUGCUACCAGAAAUACUACGACCCCGAAACCAAAAAGAUGGCUGAGCGCCCAUACGACUUCAACAGCUGGCAGGACAGCGAGACUGCGCUCAAGAUGGCCGAGCAGAUGGGGCCCGACGACAUCCUCCUUGAGGGCUACGCAGAGCUUGCGACUUACAGGACCCUCAUGGCGUACAUGAGCAACCCCGGUAGUCCCAAGGACCUGGCAGUUCCUCUAGAUGGAGUUGGUAGCACCGCAUUGCUCGUCAAGGCCGACGUGCACAGAGAUGGAGCCAUGUUCCCUGCCUUUUCCUUCUACCACUUGAUCGAGAGCGAAGGCUUUGCCAAGAUGGCUAAGCGCCUGGGAUGGCAGCCAUACGGCCUUCCCAACUACAAAGUCUACCAUUAUAAUGAGUAA